UUUUGUCGCAGAGGUAUGGCCCUUUGUUGUCAUGAGAUGAGAGAGAGAGAGAGUUUAGAGCGAGAAACAAGAGACAAUCACUGAAUCACUCUCUCGCUAUACAUGCUGUGUGUGACUCUGCCACUGUGUGUGUAAGCACCCAAAUCCAAUGACAUUGCAGUUUCUGAGGAGAGUUUUGUGUUUGUUGUAGUUGCAGGUGGUGGUGUUGGUUAUGGUUUCUUCACCAUAUGCUAAUGCUCCCUUCAAUUUAUGUCCAACUUUUUGACUUUCUGUUUGGUUUUCGAGGAAAAAGAAAGGAAUUUGUUAAUGGGUCUCGUUGCUUUUGUUAGUCCCUGCUGGCACCUGGGAAUAGUGGGGUUUUUUUAUUGGUUUUUCUUUUGAAAGUUCAAAUUCUUGUUCUGAUUCGUGUAAAGGUGGAAAAUUUAUGGGUGGUGAUAAGAGGGAAAAGAUGGGAUUCUGUAGAAAAUGAUAACGGUUACAACAUAUGUUAUUGCUUUUUUAUGAUGGCUUUCUUGUGAAGAUUUUGGGUUUGAAUAGGUUGGGGAACAUGCUUAUGCUUAUGCUUAUGCUUAUGCUUGCACUCUUUUUAAGCCAUUUCAGAAUCAAGUAUAAAAGCUUCUUGGUCUUGGGGAUUGCUUUGUUUCCAAGUGUUGUGCUGAGGGGAUUUUGAGCAUCUGAGUGAGUAAUUCAUGCCUCAUUCUGGAGCUUCUGAUAUUGAUUUCUGGUUGUGGCUUUGUUUGUUGUGUUUUAAUGUUUCGGAAAAGGCACACUUCUUCUCUUGCAAAGGAAUUGUUGGCAUUCCAGCCACUUUUUCUUCUGUUCUUGUUCAGCUUGCACCAUAACACUGUGCAAUGUCAAGGAAGGUUGAGUAAACAUGUAUCUUCAGAGCCUCCCUCACCACCUCGGCCAUCACCGCCAUCAUCAGGAUCCAAAGAUGACCCUACAAAGAUCAUUGUGAGCGUGGUUUUAGGAGCAGUCACUGGACUAGUGUGUUCUGUUCUCUUUGCACUUGUGGUUCGUUGUGUUGUUCAGUAUCUGAACCGCACACCAAUCCUCAAGGGUCCUGUCAUAUUCUCCCCCAAAAUUGCCCCCAAGACACUCCAAUCGGCUUUGGCAAAAGAAAACCAUUUGCUUGGUUCGAGUUCUAAUGGAAAAUACUACAAAACUGUUCUUGACAAUGGACUCACAAUUGCAGUCAAAAGGCUAACACCCUUUGAGAGCAAUUCCCCAGAGGCUAAGAGAAAAUCAGUGAAGAGGCAGAUACAGACAGAGUUAGAGCUUCUUGCUAGCCUUAGACAUAGGAACUUGAUGAGUUUGAGGGCAUAUGUUCGUGAACCUGAUGGGUUCUCAUUGGUUUAUGAUUAUGUGUCCACUGGGAGUCUAGCAGAUGUGAUGAAUAGAGUUAGGGAGAAUGAGUUGCCUUUUGGUUGGGAAGUUAGGCUAAGGAUUGCUGUUGGUGUGGUGAAGGGUCUUCAGUAUCUUCAUUUCACUUGUGUGCCUCAGAUUUUGCACUACAACUUGAAGCCCACAAAUGUGAUGUUGGAUGCUGAGUUUGAACCAAGAUUGGCAGAUUUUGGAUUGGCUAAACUCCUUCCCAACUUGAAUAGAGGAACAUCUGUCAACACCCCUCCUGAAUGUUUCCAUAGUUGCAGCAGGUACACUGACAAAAGUGACAUCUUCAGUUUUGGCAUGAUACUAGGUAUUUUGCUAACGGGUAAGGACCCUACAGAUCCAUUUUUUGGAGAAGCAGCCAGUGGAGGAAGCUUGGGAUGUUGGCUGAGGCAUUUGCAGCAAGCUGGUGAGGCACGCGAAGCUCUAGAUAAGAGCAUGUUAGGGGGAGAAUUGGAGGAAGAUGAGAUGCUAAUGGCUGUUAGGAUUGCUGCUGCAUGCCUAUCUGAUAUGCCUGCAGAUAGGCCUUCCAGUGAUGAACUUGUUCACAUGCUAACGCAACUGCACAGUUUUUGAACCAAACCUUGAUGAUUUUUCGGUUUCUAGAGAUUUUUUUUUUCAUUUUCCCUUUUCUGUAAUAAGAUGAUAGGGGUAUUUGGUUGGCCAUGAUUCUGGUGUAAUUGAUUGUUUUGCAUGAUCUUAGUUUUCAUGGUGUGGUUUCUAUUUUCUCUAUUCUAUUUCCUUUUCUUUUGGCUGAUUUUGCAGAUUCUGUGAUUGUUUUUUAGGUCACACUAAUAUAUUAUGUUUGUAAAUGACUAGUGAUGUUAACAAGUAUUUUCAUGCCCUGUACUGUUGCUGUUGUAUCCUAGAGGAACAUGCCAUUAACGUUGUUGACAAACAGCGUGAAAAUUUCUUUCAACUUGUAAUGUUGAACUAAAAAUAUUUUUUU